CUUAUUUUCCGAAUUUUUCAGUCCGUAAGAAAAACAAUCCGUAGAAGAUGGAGAUUUUAUGAAUAUUUUUUAGUUCGCUUCAAUUUUUGAGGUAUAAUCCACCCCCUUCUCCCCACUGAUACGUUUUACUUUUUAUGUUGGAACAGGUGAAUCUUAAGAACCAGAUAUUAGGUUUUGUGAGAUUUACUUCGAAUUGAAUCCAGAUGGAGCCGCUUUACGCCAAGCUUUACGAUAAGUACACAAAACUGAAGAGAAAGAGGGAAUCUGAAAUGGAGCAGUUCAAUAAUGAUAUGGAAGGAAAACUCACAAACCAUAUUGCUGCUGCUGAUGAGCUGAUAGAGCACUUGACAAAUGAAAAUGACAGACUGCGUGCACAAAUAAAUGACUUGAAAGAGGAAAUGGUUUCAAUUAGAUCUUUUAAGGCAGAGCAAUUUGAUGAAUUCCAAAAACUUUUAAUGGAAGAGAACCAAAAGAGUAAAGAGCUUUCUGAAGAGGUUGAGAGGCUUCGCAACCUGCAAAGAGAGGGACUCUGUUGCAGUGCAAAGGUUGCAUGCAAUGGAAGUAAACAGUUGAAAUCUCCUUCUGAAGGCAAUCUGGUCAGUUCAAGAGAUUUACCCAGUAACUCAGCCAUUAAGACUUCGCAACAGAAUGCUAGAACUGUUGAGGCUCAGAGAGAAGAUACCAGAGACGUCUCAUAUUCUUGUGUUCAAGUUCUGUAUGAAGUGCCAGAAUGCUGUAGAAGAAACAGUAGCAAUUCAGGAGGAGAACAGGUUGAACCUGCCAGUUGCCUUUUUCAAUCACUUGUGGAGUGCCUAGUAGGCAUGAAGUUCUCAGCAGUUAAUCAGAAAGAAGGAUUAUGUGUUUCAGCACUUCAUCAAACUAGUGGCUAUUCAUUCAGUUUAACAUGGGUAAGCAAACCAGCAGGAGAGGAAACAGAGCUGUUGUAUCGCGUAUUGUCAUUAGGUACUUUUGAAAGGGUUGCUCCAGAAUGGAUGAGGGAAGUAAUGUUGUUCAGCAUGAACAUGUGCCCCAUCUUCUUCGAGCGGUUAGCUAAAGUUCUCCGGUUCCAUCACUGAUGCUUCUUUUCCAACACAAUCUUGUAGGCUGUUUGCAACCAAUGUAAUAUAAUUUACUUCUCAUGUAUACAGAGGCUUGUAACAACAAAACUGUAGAGAAAUUGAAAGCUAUGUGCUGCACAUCUGCUAAUAUCUAAUUCUUCUCUUAUUCUCAAGAGACCAGACACUUUGAACCUUUUUCUCCA